AGAUUACUUCAUCAUGUUAUAGGGUUACUCAGUCAUUGUUAUAAAAGUUACUCGAUGAAUAUUAUAGGGGUUAAUUGAUUAGUAUUGUAGGGGUUACUUUAUUUUUUGGGUUUUUAUAAGUAGUCAUAUUGUAUGACAACCACACACAAGAUGGACUGUUUCACAAAAAAAUCAUUUUGUAGGGAGAAAUCACACAUUUACACUGAUAAUAAUCUUUGUUGUCAUCUCCCAAACACUGUAAGAACAAGCUCAGUCUACGAAGCUCAAAACCACGACUUUCAUGGCGGAUUUAGCUCUUCAAUAAUCUAUAUCACCUUCCAUUAAUCCACCUUCAAUGGAUAAGCUCCCUUCGAAGAAAACCCAUCUCACAGUUCAAGAAUGGGAGUCUCUCAUCGACGACUUUCACCAUGGAAAUUCUCAUCGAUGGUCUUCUUCAAUCUCCUCACUCUCUCUCCUCGAUUUUUCUCUCUCUUCUCUUCUCAAGAAGGAUUUCCCUCUUCUCAAACUCCAUCUUCUCAUCUUCCUUGACGAAUUCGCCGAUCAAAUUUUUGUUUCUGAUGAUGAAGAACAAGUUCUUUCGAGAUUGAUUGAUGCCCUGAAAGUUGUAAUUCAAUCCCCAAUUGAUGGGGUUUCGAUUAAUUACUCGCUUAAGGAGCAGAUGCUUGUUUCUGUUACUUCGAUUGUGAUGACAAUUUGUUCAAUUAGGGUUAGGGUUUUUGUGACUCAAAUUGAGGUGUUGGUUGCGAUUCUAUUGACGAUUAUUAAUCGGCCGAAUCAUGGGGUUGAUCGGCAAACGAGGGCGGUUGCUUGUGAAUGUUUGAGGGAAUUGGAGAGAGAAUUUCCGUGUUUGUUGGCAGAAAUAGUGGGGCAUUUAUGGGGGCUUUGUCAGAAUGAACGAACUCAUGCUUCUCAGAGUUAUCUUCUUUUGCUUUUAGAGGUAAUUCAUGACAUUGUUGUUUGUAAAUUGAAUGUUGCUUCGAUUUUUCGUACUGCUGUUCCUUUAGUUCCUUUUAAUGUUCCGCAAUGGGUGACUGCCUAUAAUGGGGAGGAUAAUGUGGAGGGUAUGCAUUUUGGGGUUGAAUUGUCGGGUUCGAAUGAGAAGGAGUUGAAGCGGGUGAUGUCGUUUUUGUUGGAGAAUUCUCAGGUUUUGACUUGUUGUGGGAUGGUGGAGUUCAUGUCAAUGGUGAUGCCAUUGGCAGUUGGUUUAGAGCUUCAGAAUUCUUUAUUGAAGGUACAGUUCACUGGGUUGCUUUAUAACUAUGAUCCCUUGCUUUGGCAUGUGGUUUUGAUGCUUUGUAAACGGUUUUUGGAUGCGUUUGAUGGGGACGAGGCUGAGAUUUGUAAGCGGCUGGUGUUGAUUGCCAAGGUGGGACAACAGCCUUUGGUGUUUCGAUUACUGGUUCUUCAUUGGUUGUUAGGUUUUGUCGAAUUGGUGUCUGAAAAAGAUGUUGGGAAAAGGAAGUUAGUUGUUGGGAUGAGCUCACACUUUUAUCCGAAUGUAUAUGAUGCACUUGCAUUGAAGUCAUUGAAGCUAGAUAUGAUUGCAUUUUGCUCUGUCAUCAUUGAUUCAGCCGUGAGCCAGGAUGACUUUUCAGGGAAAUCUGUGAUGAAGUACUUUGAGGACGGUCUUGUCUGUGUAUCAGGCUUUAAAUGGCUGCCACCUUGGAGCACGGAGACAGCAGUCGCUUUCAGGACCUUGCAUAAGUUCUUGAUUGGUGGAUCAACUCAUUCCAAUGCUGAUCCAUCUGCCAGCAAAGAUAUCAUGGAGUCUGCAAUCUUCUGUGUUAUACAGACAAUGUUGGUGAAGUUGCUAUCAGACUUCCAAAAGUUGGUUCCUGUGGUUGUUACAUUAAUUGAUCGAUUAUUGAGCUGUCAAAAGCACUGCUACCUUGGGGAGAAGCUUCUUCAGAUCAUUGAUGAGCACUUACUUCCUAAGAUUGUCAUAAACUAUCGAUUUUCUUUUUAUUUCCUGAUUUUUGAUAGAAUUGGGAAAAAUGAUUCUGUACCUCCUCAAAGAUUGCUGGAGUUGCUUAUGAAGUUCACAAUUUUUCUUGUUGAGAAGCAUGGUCCAGAUACUGAAUUGAAAUCCUGGUCCCAAGGAAGCAAAGUCCUUGGCAUUUGCCGAACAAUGCUUUUGCACCACCAUACUUCCCGUUUGUUUAUGGGACUCUCUCGACUUCUUGCAUUUACAACUCUUUAUUUUCCUGAUCUGGAGGUUCGUGACAAUGCAAGGAUUUACCUACGAAUGUUGAUAUGCAUACCUGGAAAAAAACUCAAGCAUAUGCUGAAUCUUGGGAAUCAAUUGGUUGGCAUCUCACCAUCACCUCAUGCAAGUUCCGUCUAUAAUGUUCAAUCUCCUCGGUUUUCUGAGGAUCUUAAGAAAUCCAGAAGUAUUUCAUCUUACAUCCAUCUUGAGCGGAUGAUACCACUGCUUGUGAAGCAAUCUUGGUCAUUGUCUUUACCUGCUAUUGAUUAUGACGUUGACAAGAAUGGCUAUGAGGAUGGCAUCGAGGAUAGUGAAUCGCAGUUGAAUGGUAAAGAUUCCAGUGACUAUAAAGCUUCCGACUUUUCCCCUGACAAUAAAAGAUUAGAUCAGCCUCAAGAACCUCUACGAGUUAUGGAUUCCAAAAUUUCAGGGACUUUGGAUAUAUUGAGGAAGCAUUUUUCAUGUAUUCCUGAUCUCAGGCACAUGUCAGGGAUCAAAAUUAGAAUACCCUGUUCUUUGAGGUUUAGAUCUGAUCAUUUCAACCGCAUAUGGGGAUCAGAUUCAACAGGAGAGGUUGCUAAUGAAUUAGAUGCACUGCCUGCAAUGUAUGGAAUAGUUCUCAAGUUCUCGUCCUCAGCUCCUUAUGGUUCUAUUCCAUCAUAUCAUAUCCCAUUUCUUCUUGGUGAAUCAACUUUUGUGAGUCCCCAGAAGAAAGAGUCAUUGGACAUAGUCCCUGCUGGAAUCCCCUCUAGUGAAAAGUCAGUAUCUAAAUCACCAGUUACCAUUGAAUUGGAACCACAAGAACCUGUGCCUGGCCUAGUUGAUGUUUCCAUUAAUGCAAAUGCAGAAAAUGGUCAACUUAUACAUGGCAAGCUUCAGGGGGUCUCAGUUGGAAUUGAGGACAUGUUUCUCAAGGCUGCUGCUCCAUCUGACAUCCUGGAAGGUGCAGUUCCUGGAUAUUACUCACGCCUUUUUAAUGCUUUGUGGGAAGUAUGUGGUACCUAUUCCAGUGCUGGCCGGGAGACAUUUUCACUUAAAGGCAGGAAGGGAUUUGCAGCAAUCCAUGGAACACAAUCAGUCAAACUCCUCGAAGUUCCUUCAAUCUUUGCAGUUCGUGUUGUGGAAAGAUAUUUAGCCCCCUUUGUUGUUGGUGUGAUUGGUGAAUCUCUUGUGGAGAUUGUGAAGGAUGGGGGCUUAAUCCAAGAUGUUGCGUGGAUAGAUAAGUCUUCAGAUUCUGCUGAUGGAAAUAACUCGGUUGCAAAGUCUGAUGGUGGUCCACUAUAUCUCACAUACUUGGAUAACGAAGAUGGUAAGAUCAACAUUGGUAAGACAAACAUGGGUUGCUUUCAUGUGUUGAUAUUCUUACCUCCCCGUUAUCAUCUUCUCUUUCGGAUGGAAGUUUCUGAUUUUUCCACACUGGUACGAAUUAGAACAGAUCACUGGCCUUGUUUAGCCUACAUUGAUGAAUAUUUGGAAGCUCUUUUUUCUUCAUAGAUGGGGUUAGUCUAUUCCGCGGCUAUAUGUUGUAGAGAGGAAAUUCAUUCUGAUUUCUCUUAUUUGCCUUGUGGCGGUUGAUUACAAUUUUCUGUUCAGAUUCUUUUCCCAGAUUGUUUUUUACUUGGGAAAAUAUUCUUUUUGCAUCCGAAAUAAAAGAUGUACAUAUUCGAGUCUCUGUCACUUAUGUAGUGAUUUUGUAUAUGAAAUUUUGAGUCGUUUCUGGCAGUAUACUUCCCCGAGAAUAUAAAGUUACAGUUAAUUCCAAAAUUUUGGUAUCCAUCUGCU